AUGCAACGCGUCUUUUCGUCGUGCGUGUCGGACCACGCUGUAUUCCUCUCGGUACAGGGAGACGUGUAUGUGUAUGGCUGCAAUACAUAUGGACAAUGCGGCGUGUCGCCCGCCGCUGGCAGCACACAGGGCGGGCCGUGGCUCAGCGAUGCUGUGAAGCUGGAUCGGCAGCGCGACUUUGUGCCGUCCCUCGCGGACGGUGUAUCGAUCGAGGCUGCGGCCACUGGAUUCGGUCAUACACUCUUGCUCACGUCGCAGGGCGCCGUGUACGCGGCCGGCGCCAAUGCCCAGGGCCAGUGUGGACUGGCGCCGCGGCCAUCGGUGUAUCCGUUCCACCGCGUCGAGGGGCUGAGCGACCCUGUCGUGGAUAUUUCGUGUGGCCGCGCAUUCAGCGCUCUUGUUACGGCCGGCGGGCACGGUGCGUGUACGUGGCUGACUCCAGUAUAUACCAUGGGCUCCGCGGAGCACGGCGUGCUUGGCACGGGCCUCUUGUCCUGGCACCACCGGGGCCCAGGCCAAAUCGAAUAUCGCAUCCAGGCUGAGCCGGUGCGCGUCCCCUCGUUGCAGCAUAUCACUCGCGUAUCGUGUGGUGAAGAUCACAUGGCGGCACUCGAUCACGACGGCCAAGUCUACGUAUGGGGCCGGAACGAGCUCGCGCGUCUUGGAUGCGGCACGCAGCGUGACCAGGGGCGCCCUGUGCACCUCGUACAGCUCGACCGCAAGGCCAAGCAGGAGCGUGCCCAGGCCAUUUUGGCUGGCCGCACGGCGACGAUGGUGCUCGACCGCGAGGCGCGCCUGUGGCUCGCCGGCUCGUGGCGCACGGCGGGCGACGGGGGACCGGGCCAGACGUUUAUCAUCUACAAACCACUGGAAGAGCUCGCUGAAUACGACGUGCACGCCAUGGCUGCCGGGGCAGACACGAUACAGUGCCUCGCGACGCCCACGCUCGAUGGACAGCCCAUUGCUGGAGCGCGGCCCAUGGUCCUGGCAUGGGGCGACGGUGCGCAGCAUGCCGAGUUUGGCCUGAUGCACCGCACGGCCACCCCCGACAUGCUAGCGCCGCUGCAGCCCCUCGCUCCGAUAGCUGUGGCCGCGGGGCGCCACACGAGUUUCUGGCUCGUGGCGCCAGACCAAGCGUACUCGGAGCUGCCGCGCUUCCCUCAAACCAUCGAGUCGUCCAGCACAUGCCUCGUAUGCGGGCAGGUGAACGAGGACGACGAGGCCACGCUGCUUGAGUGUGGCCGCUGCGAAAACCCAUACCACUUGUCGUGCCUCGAUCCGCCACUGAGCACGGUGCCGGAAGGCGACUGGCUUUGCGUG